AUGUUUGGUCAACGGAAGACUUUUUACGAUUCCAUGAAACCGAUUGUUUAUUUAAAUUGUUUGGUAGGAAUGGGCGCUCUUCGGCAACCGUGCCAAAGCACUAUAAAGUACUUUGUCUUGUGCCUUUACAUGUUCUUCAUUAAUGCCGGAAAUAUAGUGUUCGUAUACUACGCUACGUCGUGGAUUUUCAACGUUAUGGAUGUUGCACACAUAACGCACCGAACUUCAAGAAUCGGAGCCGUUAUGAUGCUGAUUUUGAAUUUGACGAACGCUUUUCAUACGGUCUUAGCGCCAAUAUUGGUUUGUCUUCAGAGAAAGGCAUUCUUGGAUUACUUCAAACAUCUGCCUAUACUGGACAUCAAAUUCGAAACCAUAUUUGGAGUUGAUAUACAGAACGAAUAUAGGAAACGUUUUAUUCAUCUCAGUCUAAAAAUAAUAAUACCAAUUAUAUUAUUGAACGGUGUAAUAGUAAUUGAGUUGUUAUUGAUGACGGAUAAUAUCGUCGGAUUUUCAAUCCUGAAUUUAUCCAUUUUAAUGAACAUAUUUCAACCAACGACCGUUAUUUUUACACUAAGUUUCAACUUCUACGUCCUGCUAGGGUACCUUGAAAAAAAAUUUCAAGAUUUGAACAUCGCCUUGAUGAAAUUGGCGGUGCAGAUCGAUCCAGCGAAGGAAGAAUCAGAAAGCGUAGAUAUUAUGGCCGACAAGCUCCGCAGACUCAAAGAGAUCAGGAAUAUUCACAUGCAGUUGUACGAGUUGGCUAAGGGGGCCAACGCGGGCUUUGGUGUUCAGAAUAUCCUGACUGUUGGAUCUUCUUUCGUGAUAGUUACGGGAUUGUUGUACUGUAUAUAUUUAGGUGUUAAGACUGAAUUGUCUCUGACGGAGAGAAGGGUGCAACUAGCGAUAAUUCCAACUAUCACCUGGGUCAUUAUUUACGCAUUGAGAGUUUGGAUUCUAGCACAUUCCUGCCGGAGGGUUACCGAAAGGGCCAAAGAAACUGGGCACGUAAUUUACGAACUUUUGAUAUUAAACUACGAUGACCGACUUCAAAACGAGAUACACGAAUUUUCACUGCAGAUGAUUCAAAAUCCUGUGACAUUUGACGCGUGUGGAUUUUUUACCAUAGAUCACGCCUUCUUUCACGGAGUGAUUGGAACCGUAACGACUCAUCUAGUAAUCCUCAUACAAAUGAGUGAUUCUGUACUCGACACUAGCUGCGACAAUUGAAUGACAAACUUAAUGAUAUAAUAAUCAAGCAAAUUUCAACGCUUUUCAGUGUAAUAGAUUCAGGAAUUCCCAAUGCAGAUAUUGCAAAGUUCGAUGCAUUUCAGCGCUGGUAGAUUUUUCAAUUUGAUGGGCAGAUGGGCGGAAAUUCACCUACAUUUGCUAACGAUACAAGAAUUUGAGUAAUUGGUGAAGAUUAUCGGAAUAUUCUUAGAUAGGUUUCACCUCCACCAGUUCGUCAGUCGCACCGUUUUCAAGUGAGGAAUCAAGAAAACUAGAUAGGCAUAAACGUAAUUGAAGUCGAUAUCGAACUUUGGACAGAUGAAAAAUAUUCUUUUUCUCAGUUUGUCAGUCGCACCGUUUUCAAGUGAGGAAUCAAGAAAACUAGAUACGCAUAAACGUAAUUGAAGUCGAUAUCAAACUUUGGACAGAUGAAAAAUAUUCUUUUUCUCAUUCAUACAUAAUUGACGAACGUAUAAAGUGUUAUUAACAUAUCGAUC